AUGGCUUUACUCGAAGAUCCAACUAUUCAACGUAUUCUCGAUGAAGUUAACAAAGCUGCUAGCGGUGGAAUAUUUGGUAUGGCUGGUAAUUAUGUAUCAAAACCAAGAGAAACAAUGACACCAUUUGAAUCAAAACUAUUAUCAUCUGAAAAUAGUAGUUGUAAUCAUAAUCAAGCACCACUUUUUUAUACAACACCAGAAAUGCUCGGUAUGGAAGAAUUAAAAAAUUUUGAUCAUAGCAUUAAUUUAAACUCAAUACCAUCUAUGGUACCUGUGGCAAAAUCAACUAGUUUUGAUUUUUAUAGUUCAGCCUACUAUAAUACAACACCAAGUAAUUUUUUAUCACCUUAUGAAAAUUGCAAUGGUAUUACACAAUUGAAUAUAAAAAAUCAAUUAUUCAAUAAUAAUCCAACACGUAGUAGAUCCACUGUUUCAUCAACUAAUAAUGAUAUAUUACUUGAACGUCAUCAGCAUCAUUCUCAACAAUAUCAUUCAAUACCAUCGACAAGUAUACCAAAUCUUGGUCUAAAUAUUCGUGCAACAUCUCAAUCAGAUAAAGUACCAACUGAGAAUAUCAAUUUAAGUGAGCUUUCAUUAACAUCUGAACAAAUGUCUACUGCUGCAAUAAAAAAUGUAUCAACAUCAACAAGAAGUUUACUUGUUGAUAAAGAAGAGAAAAAUACAUUUAAAUUAAAUAAUAGUAAUGAUGAUAUUGAUCGAGACAAUCUAAAUUCUCCUGGUCAAAUUUUUUAUGAUCCAAAUCCUCAAAUUAUUCAACGUAAAGGUUCUCAUUCCGUAACAUAUAAACAAAAUAUAAUUGUUCGAUUUUUACAACCACCGCCAAUUCCGAAUGCUGGCCCACUCAUCAUUAAAGAAGUUCGUCCUCCGCAAACUUCUCCACUUCCACCACUUGUUAUUAAACAACGUCCAACUCCACCAAAAACUCCACCACCGCUUAUUAUUCGAGAAAAACCACCACCACUUCCUUCAAGUGUGGCAACAAAAGUGAUAACACGACAAUUACCGCCAGAACCUGCACCACCACGAGCUGUUAUUAUCGAACGUUUACCUCCAUUACCAUCGAAACCUCGAGAUAUUAUCAUUGAACGUUGGUUACCCUAUGAAAUACUCGAUAGAAAACGUAAAGUUAUCGUACAGCGUGCACCAAAAUCUAUUAAAGAACAUCCAUCACCAAAAAAUAUCAUCAUAACUUAUGAACCAGUUCAUGCAAAAAUUGUUCGAAAUUUUCAAAAACAAGAUGUUACUCGUGAAGAUCCACAAGCAUAUGCAAAACGUUAUGGUUCACAAUUGUAUGAUUCUAACCUUGUCAUACAACAAGCACGUGCCGCUGGUAUUCUUGAAGAUCUCAACCCAACUGGCUCAUCUGUUUCAAUGAUGUCAGAUAGUGGCCAUACAACUACCACAGACUAUCAAAUGCCAACAACAAUAUCAGUAGAUGAACAUCAACAACAACAAAAUAUUAUUGAGAAUAAUGAAAAAACCGAAGAAAAUAAUGAACACACAGGAGAACUACGUGAUGUAGAACCAAAGAUUGAAGCACCAUCACUAUCAACUGUUCAUAUUGAUGAACACGAUCAAGACGAAGAUAUCUUGGUUGAAGAAAACGUUACACCAUUCUAUAUGAAUUCAGGCGAAGAUCUACAACAAACACUUCAUCGUUUAGGUAUUGAUUAUGUCACAAAAUCGAACACGUGA